AUGUCCGGUCUGAGUCUGAACCCACCGACCAACGCCGAUCCCACUGUCAUGGCCGACGUCGACACCUCGGCUUUCCGCUUCAACAUCUCGACGCCCUCGUGUAAGCGGAAACGUCCGUUGGAUCAUCCGGAGGACGAUGGCCGCUUCGUGGUGCGUGACGCCAAAAGACGGUCCACCUCGACACAUUGUCUGCCCAUCCGCUUAUCGCCCUCUUCGCGCCCACAUGUCUCGGUCCCUCCCGCUUCUUACUCCCUCUUCACUUCAAUAUACCAGCAACCUCCGACUCCGGUGGACACUUCGGAUGACGACGAAAGCUCCGGCCAGUCAGUCAACGGAGCAGAAGGCCAGUGGCCGCUCGCAAACAAUGACUCACAGCUGGGCAGCGACAGACGCACGGCGUCAACCAAGUCCCAAUUCAGCGAUCCCGUCGAUGUCGAAAUGGAUCUUACCAUGGCUCCUCCGGCCACCCAGCCGAGGAUACGACGUGCUCGGUCGAACGAUAUUGUCCCUCCUGAACGUGACCCCAAUUUUCUGAGUGCUAUGGAUACGUUUGCUCGAGAAAGAGUGCCAACGCCCAUCAGUGGUCAUUUCGACAACCGCGUCAAUGAUCUCCCCAACGUCCCGCGCCAUCAUUUUCCACCGCUACGCACGAAUCUCAGCCCGAUGAUCGAGCAGGAGUCGUGGAUCACUCGAGACGGUCUGCCGAGUCCCGUCGAGGACCAGGAUAUGGACACCGCAAUGAUGAUUGAUCGGGAUGAGUUUGCCACUCAAGUGCAGUCUCCUUCUGGAAAAUACGGGAUGGAUGGAAAUUCGAGUCCUUCAGGUCGAACGAGGUCAGCGAGACUUCAUAUGGGGUAUCUCAAUGAUUGUGAGAAAUGCAUUCAGAAGGUGCCGGGCCACUACAGCCAUAUUAUAUGGACUUGA